CUGCUUCUCCUGCGAUGGCUCCAUGCUCUCCCAGGAGCUGAGUCCCCGCUGUGUUGCCCUGCUGUGCUUCAGGACGAGGGCUCUGUGCUUGCUGCAGCAUGGUCCAAGCCUGCUUGGUGUGCUCCAGAGUUCAUAGGGGCAGCCUGGCAGCCCAGGCAUCUGCAGAGGACAUGGACAAGGCAGAGAAGCCCAGUUCCCCUGCCAAGAAGCACGUGCGGCUCCAGGAGAGGAGGGGCUCCAAUGUGUCACUAGUGCUGGAUAUGAGCUCUCUGGGGAACGUGGAGCCCAUCCAGCCUGUCUGCACGCCACGGGACAUCACACUGAAGUUUCUGAGGACAUCCAGCCACGUGCUGAGGAAACAGGAGCUCCAGCAGCACGCCCAGAGUCUGGCACAGCUCCAGGAGGAGUUCUCGAAAAUCCCACCCAACUUCGUGAGUCCGGAGGAGCUGGAAAUCCCUGGUCGUGCUUUCAAGGACAGAUACAAAACCAUUCUCCCCAAUCCUGAGAGCCGGGUCUGCCUCAGGAGGGCUGGGAGCCAGGAGGAAGACAGCUACAUAAAUGCCAACUACAUCACAGGCUACGCGGGCCGGCCCCGGGAGUACAUCGCCACACAGGGCCCCCUGCUGAACACCGUGAGCGACUUCUGGCAGAUGGUGUGGCAGGAGGAGGCGCCCCUCAUCGUCAUGAUCACCGAGCUGCAGGAGCGCAAGGAGAAAUGUGUCCACUACUGGCCUGAGAAGGAGGGCACCUACGGCCCCUUCACCAUCCAUGUCCAGGCGGUGAGCGAGUCUGUGGAGUACGUGGUGCGGGACCUCUCCAUCCAGCUUGGGAAGGAAUGCCGCAAGGUCAAGCACAUCCUCUUCCCCUCCUGGCCGGACCAGCAGACGCCUGAGUCAGCCAAGCCCCUGCUGCACCUGGUGGCCAAGGUGGAGGAGGCUCUGCAGACUGCAGCCAGCCCAGGGCCCAUCGUGGUGCACUGCAGCGCGGGCAUCGGCCGCACCGGCUGCUUCAUUGCCACCAGGAUCGGGUGCCAGCAGCUGCAGGACACGGGGGAGGUGGAUAUCCUGGGCAUCGUGUGCCACCUGCGCAUAGACAGGGGUGGGAUGAUCCAGACGAGCGAGCAGUACCAGUUCCUCCACCACACGCUGGCUCUCUACGCCUCCCAGCUGCCAGAGGGGGCAGCCCGCUAGUGCAGGGCUCCCGCCGGGCCUGUGGCUCCCUGCUCGGACCUCUCCUGCACCAGCCUGGGGACACCUUCACCAAAACCCCUCCUGAUGCUGCCAGGCCACAGAGCAGCAGCAUGAGCAUCCCUCGGGAUGAGCACAGCCCAGCCAGCCCAACUGUGGCUUUGGACCCUGGGGAUGAGCAAGGUGAGGUGCUGCACUGGCUGCUCCACGUGGCCACUGCUGCUGCCACCAGGCAGAUUUCACCCACGGAAAGCAGCUUUGGCUUUUGAGAGGUGCAAGAUCCUGACCCAGAAGAGCAAGCUGUGUGGAGGAACUGCAGCUGGCAGAUGCUGGGAGCGUAGUUUGCCUUUCAGCUGCACACAAAUGUCCACCCUGCCAGACACAGCACUGGUGGAACUACCCUGAAAUAAACAGAGCCUCUGUCCUGGCUGUGCAUCCUUGUGGGCAGGGCUGGGCUUGCUCCAAACAUGCUUCUUGAAGCUCUUCUGGUUAAGACACACCUUGAUGGCUUGGUGCACAGUCACUAACAGUGUUCCACAGCUUGCUUUCCUCUCCACCUUCAGCCAACACCUCCUCAACAGCCUUAAAGCAGAAUCAUAGAAUUAUAAAGGUUGGCAAAGACCUCCAAGAUCAUCGAGUCAACCUCUGAUCAAACCCCACUGAGCUCACUAAACUGCAUCAUGAAUUGCCAUAUAUAUUUGUUUCUUGAACACCUCCAGGGAUGGUGAGUCCACCACCUCCCUGGGCAGCCCGUGCCAGUGCUUGAGCACCUUUCAGGGAAGAAAUUUUCCCCAAUAUCCAACCCAGACCUCUCCUCUCUCUAGCAGGGGAGAUUCCCAAGUGCAGUUUGCAAGUGAUGUCUUCCCAAUUGCCUUUUGUUCCAUGAUUUUGAAUUCUUGGGGUUUUUUUCUGAAAUCAGAACAAAAUAAUAUUUGGCUUUAUUAGGUUGUGUUUUUAACUGAUAAAUGCAGGGGGGAAAUACUAGAAAAUGGAAAAACAUUUUGUCAUAAAGCAUGGAGAUGGAAAUAC